UCAGCUGAGCGAUAGACUAACUUCGCGAUAUCAUGGGUAGGCGUAAGCGACAAUCUUCCCUUUGUCUAUUGUUUCUAUGGCCUUGACGCACUCGAAGUACCCCGGGAAGAAGGCGCUCUCGACCUUGUAGAUGAAGGCGUUGCUGAAGCAACCGACAGACAGACAGACAGACAGAUACACACCACAUACAUUCACCACACCAUCACACCAUAUUCGUCACUCACUGACCUGGAACGAAUAUGAUGAAGCUCUUGGUUGUGUCGGUUGCCCUCACUUCGCGCAGCAGCCUCUUGUGCUCGACUUCUGCACGCACAGACAAGCAUGGCAUGCAUGGCACUCUCAUCCAUCCAUACCUUUCUUCUGACUCACCGAGCAGGGCUUUCGCCACAUGCAGGAUGUCUACGUCGUGACAUAGUUGUACAGUCUUGGGGUCGCUCUUGUGGAAGAAGCCUUCCCCUCCGCUGACGAUGAAUGGGUCGAGCAACCUCGCGGCCUCAGCCGGCUCCAGCUGCACCAGCAUACACACAGGCACACACAAAUACGCCAGGCAACACAUAUACAGAUGCAUGCGUGUAUGUAUACGUCGAAUUGCUUAAUUGCUUGCCUUGACGGCUGUCCGAUGGAUGAGGUCCUUCACCAAGGCCGGUGCGAGCCUGUCAGUCACAAACACACGAGACACGUGCCAUACAAACACACGUAUGUAUGGCAGGCAUAUAUGUACAUGUGUGUGCACGUGACGUACAUGUCUAUGAGUCGUGUGUCCGAGCCGGGGCUCAUGACGGUGUCCAGGCAGGCCGCCUCGAUAGCAUGGCGACGGCCGCGGACGUGCACGUGUGCACACGCCGUGCUGGGGGACGACACGAAGUCACGAAUCUCGCCUGAAUUAAUCAGCACAGAAUGGGAACGGACCAGCCACAGACAGAGGCCAGUCACAUCAUCUGUUGUUGACGCUCGACGCUCACUCACCCAUCUGUGCAGUGGCCGACAUGAAUACGAACUUCUGUUCGCGACCACGGACAGACCUUGACAGUAGGUCCUUGACCAUCUUCUGCAGACAGACAGACAGACAGGCAACGUAUGGAUACCAACGUGCAAAUUAAUGUCACGUCGUGCACCCAUGCAGAUCGAGUGUGAGCUUACCAGCACGAAUUGGGUAUCUUGAUCCUUCUGGUGGAUCUCGUCGAUAAUCACAAACUUGUACUUGUCUAUCUUUUGGUAGUGGAUGUACUGACGGAGAACACCUGCAUGCACAAAGUGCCAAGGACAUACUUACAGUACUUACAUGCAUGCACACAUACAUACGUACACACGCACAAACGGCCACAGAAGUAAGUGUAGACGCGACAUACGUGACCGCCGUGACCACUAGGAAUUGGGUCUUGGCACUCUUGCAGGGCUCCUCCAAACCGAUGUGGCAGCCCACGAAGUCGCCCACCUUGCCAUUUCCCAGGCCAUGGGGCCACAAGCCGCCGAACUCACCUGCCGUGCGCCUGAUGGUAUGAACCGAUCCAAUCCACACACACACACACACACACACAUAUUGUCAAGUGAGGCCUGGGGUACAAUUCGCUGUGUGUGUGUUUGACUGCGCACCCGGCCAGGCGUUUGGCUGCUAUUCGUGUGGGUUGGCAAAUGACCAAGUUGGCGCUCGGGUCGUCUAGAAGGAGCAUAAGUGGGAUCUGAUCGACCAACCCGGCCCACAGAAGCAGACAGAGCACGCAACAAGUACACGGACGGUUGGAGGUAGGUGCAUAAAUGAUGAAUUCAUUACCCGGGUGGACUUCCCUGUUCCUGUGUCCCCCGUGACAAACGUAAAGGUGUGGAUCCGCACUGCCGACAGCAAGCUCUACACCACGCACACAGCACACAGAGACAGACAGACAGACAGACACGUGUGAGAGUGUAUGUGUCGGCUGGCAGCCAACCAGGAAGGACGUGUGUGCAUACCUACCUCGACUACUAGGUUGGCGCGCAAGAACUCGAGGUGUCUCAUCGGGUCCAAGAUGCGGAGGACGUCGUCGUCGGUCACGUCGGUAAGCUGAGCUGCUUGUCCUCUCUGCGUGCACGGCAGCUCGUCCUGCACACACACACGCACACACACACUUAUAUAAAUAAAAAGUCCCAUGCUCUCUUCUGCCGAUAAUAAGCGUUGAUCUAUCCUUUGCGUCGAUAUCAUGUAUAAUAAGGAAUCUCAGCACUUCUCCUUUUUUUGUCAUCCCCUAAACACACAACACAAGACCAUGUCUAUCUGUCUACAUGUGUAGCAUAUUCGCAAUCACUUUUAGAUACACAGAAUAGCGCCCGUACACGCCAAAUCCUUUUCUCCAUCAUUGGCCUUCGAUGUCGAAUUCGCUUGUCACUCCUCUCGGGUGAGAAGGGUCACGCUCACACCUCUCUCGUCCUUGGUGGAGUGCAUGGUGAGGUGGGCGAAGGGGCAGGCCCGUCGUAGCGAGAGGCAGGGAUCUAGGGACGGGCCGACGACGAACCUCGAAUG